GCAGUUAUUUUCUUGGAAACGAUCGCAUCGCACGCAGGUAUCGGAGUGAAGCGCCACGACAAACACGGUUCCCCCUUUCUGGAGGCUCAGCUAACUGCAACGAAUUCGAAGUGAAAUCUAUAAAGUGCAUUUUUAGUGACUAAGUGCUGAAGAGAGUGGUGGUGAUACCGAAGCAAUAGACAAGCAGCAGCAGCAGGAUGGCACGUCGAUUCCGUCCAUCUUCAUCAUUGGUGCUACUAGCAGCAGUGGCACUUCUGGCUGGAUCGGUGACCUGUUUCGAUCCCUUGAACGAGGACGAAAUGGUUCGACUGGCCAGCAUCAUGGGCGAUAUUGAUGAUUGGCAUGAGGAUGCGAUACUGCCGGAUAGCGUGGAGGAUCAUCAUCCAUUGCGCACGCUCAAUCCGUUCCACUGGGCCAUGUUUCCGCACAGCCUACCUGAUCGUGUCGAUCAUCGCUUUUACAGGGUACCGGAACCGGAGGUGUACGACGACACCGAGAGUGCAACGCCGCUAGGAGUGGCCGGUCUUGCCGGUGGUCGAGUGCAGGAUCGCGAAUCCCUCGAAUCGGACGUCGAGACGAUCAGCGAUGAGUUGACCCAUCGUAACCCGGACGAACGGCGACCGCUGCACCGUCAGCCACUGGUACCACCGCGCCCAGUCGGUCAUCCCGAUGCGGAAACGAUCGAUGGUCCGGCACAUCAACCACAGCGGCCACCAUUCGAUACGAGCUCGCUGUUCCAGCAUCACUUCAACACGUUCUUCAACACACCGCUCGAGACGGGCUUCUUCGGUUCCGGGCUGCCCGGUGGAUUCGGAUUCUUCGAUCUGCACGCUAACCGACCAUGGUGGAAAGGCGAGAACGUGUGUACGGAGCGCGAGGAAAAGGAGGAAGACAUCGCUGCGGACGACAACCAGGAGGUUGCGGUCAACGGUGGCACCGGUGCCGGUGUGUUCGGUUUCAGCUCCUUCAACCUGAACGUGGAAUCGUGUGCCGAAAAGCAACACAAAUAUGUCUGCACUUCAAUUAAGAACGUGAACGGCCGCAAGCGCACGGAAAAGAUCACCCGCCAGUGUUGCCAUGGAUACGGUCGUCCCCGAAACGGACCACCGAAUGCACACUGCGAGAAGAUGGAUCUGCACUCGAUGGAGGAUACCGCCGAACGGCUCGGUGCGAAGGAGUUUAUUGCGACGCUCAAGAAGAGUGGUUUGGAGGCGACGCUUGAGAACGAGGUAACACUGUUUGUUGUACCGGACAGUGCCUACACCACCUUCGCCGAGCAGAUGUGGGAAAACAAUCUGGUUGCUUUCGAUCCGUCUGCCCGGGCGAAACGAGCGAUCGAUUUCGCCAGUAUGACCGCACGGGAUGUGAUCUUGGGCCACACCGUCAAUGGUUCGUACCACAUCGAGGAUAUCAGCAACGAGCAGCUGCUCAAGACGGAACUGCCCGGGGCGAACAUUCGCAUCAACAUCUACCCGCGUGGUCCGGCGGCCAUGGCCCGUGAGCACACCGAACAUCCGUACCGCUACACGGCCAACUGUGCACCGUUGGUGAAGCUGAACCGCGUUACCGAGCGUGGUAUCGUGCACGUGGUCGAUCGGGUGCUCGUUCCGGCCCGCAACUCCCUGAUGGACAUUAUCGAGGGACGCGAUGAUAUGACGCUGAUGCGUACCUUCCUCGAGAUGACCGGACUGGACAAGAUGCUGCGCGAGCAGGGUGACGAUAAGCACUUCACCGUGUUUGCCCCGAACGACGAGGCGUUCCUGAAGCUGGACAAAGACAUUCGACGAAAGCUGAAGGCCGGCAAUGGAUGCGCUCAAAACAUUCUGAAGAACCACAUCCUGGACAUAACGUUCUGCUCGCUGGCAGCGGUCAACGGUGUCAAAACGUCCACGUACAACAUGCUGAACGAAAAGCUCGAGUUCGAGUAUGCCAUGGUUGGCAAGAAGUUGCCAUCGAGCGGCACCGAAAAUCCGAUCGAAGCGAUGGAAGAGGACCCGUCGGUGGGCAAGAAGAGCCAGCGGCUGCGUAUCAAUGGGCAGGCGCUGAUCGAGGAGAGCGACAUCGUCGCCAGCAACGGUGUCCUGCACAUGAUCGACUCCGUGCUGUCGACCGAGAGCGGAAUGCCGAUCUCGAACACACUGGCGAAUCACAAUCUGACGAUCUUCAAGCAGCUGAUCGCGGAUGCCGGCCUAGAGGAUGAGUUCGAUGGUAUGAGCAACAAAACGUUCUUCAUUCCGUCCGAUCAAGCGUUCGAGCAGACGGAAACGGGCCGCUACUGGAUUCGGCAGCUGAAGGAACACCCGGAAAGUCUGCGCAAUAACGCGGAGCUGAAGGAGUUCCUCGAGUAUCACGUGGUCGAACCGUUGAUUAAGACGUGCGAGCUGGAGGAGAAAACGAUGCCAACCAAGGCGGGUCAGUCAGUGCGCGUUAAUCUCUACACAACGAACCCCGUGUUCACAACGGUCAUGAACCGUGCUACGGUGAACUGUGCCCGAUUGACACACUUCGAUGAGGAAACGUGUGGAUCCGUAGUGCACGAGAUCGACAAGGUUCUGGAUGUGCCAAAGAUGAAUCUGUUGGAAACCCUGCGCUCGAAUGCCGACUACAGUAUGUUCCUGCGGUUGGUUAGCGAAACGAACCUUACUGAGCUGCUGGCUUCGGAAGAUUCCGGACUCACGCUGCUCGUUCCUAAAAAUGAUGUGUUCCUCGAGGUGAACGCCUGGUACCAGGAGACGCUCGAGAACAAGGAGGAACUGGAGCGUAUCAUCCGGGCGCACAUUCUACCGAACGUGAUCUGCUGCACCGGUAUCGUGCCCUCCGAGUGGCCGUUUGUGCGUACGACCGAAACCAUUGGCCAGCACCAGCUGAAGCUGAACCGCAACCGUCGGCCCCAGGUGCAAAAUGCUGGCAUCACCAAGUGCGAUGUCGUGGCCCGCAAUGGUAUCAUUCACGAGAUUAACGAUGUGAUCAAUGUGCAGCCACAACGGUCGGCCAGCGGAAACGGUGGCAACAGUGGCCCGUUCCCGAACUUUGGCCGUCCGCUAACGUUCUGGUUCAAGUAGAGGGCGCCGCGCCGUUUGGUCGCAUGCACGAUCUGUCUGCGAUUCCCGUGAUGUGGUUCUAUCGGCCGAAGUCAAAACCGCCCUCUCCGGAAGGAGCUCGCUUGUUAAUUAUUUAAACGAGCGACCAACAUAAAUGAAAGAUUAUCGGGAGCUUCCAGGCACAAAUGUAGUAGAGGAUCGCUCGGAGAGAAACAAAGUGAGCCACAAUUGUCUUACAGUUCUAUAUAUUUAUAAAAAAAUCUACUGAAUAAACAACAACUAACUAAU